AGGGACAUCUGCGUGCCGCGCGUCGACAGGAAGGGCGUGCGGCGGCCAGUGGACCCCUGGGGCUGCGUGCCGGAGCCCUCAGAGGGCGUCGACAGGCUGCUCUGCCCUCCCGCGGAGCUCUUCAGCAUGUCCUUCGAGAGUCUCCCGCACCUGAGCCUCCUGCUCAGCUACAGGGUCUGCUACGAGCAGGCUCAGGCCUCAGUCGCCAGCUUGGACAUGCUGGACCCCCGCUUGGCUACUCGCAUGACGAGGUCCGACAAGGUGCUCUCCAGUCCAGUCUGGAACGCAGUGACCUCUGGCGCGCGGGGCGCUCUGGCGCGGGUGAAGCUGUACGAGGACUGGGCUGGCACGACAUUCUUCUGCCCCCUCACCAAGAUGUGCACGGCCACCGUAGCUGGGAGCGGGGGGUGGGUCGACCUCACCCUCC